AUGGAAGCGGACGACGAUGGACGCGACCCGGCGGCGGUGGCGAAGACGGAGACGGAGGCGGCGGCGGCGGCGACGACUGCGACCGGAAACGACGACGACGACGAUGACUGUGCCACUCCCGGGGGUGGCGAAGAGUACGACGAUUAUCUGGACGGCUUUCUCAAAAAUCUGUGCCGGGAACGGGUGAUUGCUAGCGACCAGCCGUGCACUGUAAAGCGAGUAUCGGUCCAGGUGGAGUCUGUGCCGUAUGGUGGCGUCCGGUACGGGGGGGUGGAUGAAGUGGACGACAACGAAGCGGACGCUGACGACGACGAUGACGGUGCGUCGACAGCAACUAUGACUCGUAAGCCUAAAAUACCAGACGGCGGCUGGGGCUGGAUGGUGGUAUUUGCUUCACUGAUGAUCUGCCUCAUCUCGGAUGGCAUCAGCUUCUCAUUCGGGUUACUAUACAUCGAGUUCCUCAAGGAGUUCCAAGAGAGCAAGUCCAAGACGGCGUGGAUCGGUAGCCUUUUCAUGGCCGUGCCACUGAUCCUGGGCCCGGUGGGAAGCGCACUAGUCGACAAGUUUGGGUGUCGGAAGAUGACCAUCCUGGGAGGUGUAAUUUCAGGCCUGGGAUUCAUCAUAUCGUCAUUUGCCGAUUCGAUCGAGAUGGUAUUCUUCACUUUCGGAUUCCUUUCUGGGUUAGGCCUGUGCCUAUGCUACGUGACGGCCGUGGUCAGCAUCGCGUACUGGUUUGACAAGAAGCGCACCCUAGCCACCGGGCUGGGUGCGUGUGGCACCGGGAUCGGCACGUUUCUAUAUGCACCGAUGACCCAAUACUCGAUCGAGGAGUACGGCUGGCGGGGCACCGUACUUCUGUUAGCUGGCACGUUUUUCAACUUUUGCGUGUGUGGUGCUUUGAUGCGAGACCCCGACUGGCUGAUCGCUGAACAGAAGAAACCUGCGGUCACCAGUGGGCACUCCGGAGUCGUCACCGCCAAACCGUGGACUGACACCGAGGAGUCCAUCGUCGAUCACUGCCCGGUGGUAGGGGUCGAGAACGAAACAGACACUCCAUCCACUGGACGGACUAAGGGAAUCGAUCUGAUCGCGUCCGAACCGGAUGUAGACGCACUCAUGCAGUAUCCAGGAGUCGAGCAAUACAGGCGCAUGGUGAAAGAAGCUCAGUGCGCCGAGUACAGGCUGACCGGUGUCACCACCACCGUCCGCAGUCCAAUGACCGACGGUGUGCGCCGGCUACCCGACGACAACACUUGUUUCCGGUCGGUCAUCAACUUACCCACAUACCUCAAGCACAAUGAAAAAGUUCCGUUCGAGGUACUAGAGUCGUUAAGUUCCAACAAGACACUGUUCAACUUGAUCCUAGAAAACUAUCCAAACCUGUUGUUGUGCCGGAGUAGUAGUGUGAGCCAGGUGAACAAUGCGUCAGUGGGCAAAGAUCUGUCUGAUACGCGGACGGUCUACAACAAAGGUAAUGGGCUUCGGUCCGACUCACCGCCGCUGGUCAUGAAGAUGAAGCUAAAACAAUCGAAGAAGUCAAACUCAAUGGGUUCGGGCGUUAUAUCUCCACUAGAAUCGCAGGCUAUUUCACCCCCACAUACUUAUACCGCUGACAAUAGCCCCGAACGACAUCCCAAGGCACAUCACUCGAUGUUGAAGAGACAAUUUAGCACCACUCAAAGCAGCUAUUUGAAGAGUUUACCAUAUCACAGGAGCUCCGUGAUGUACAAAGGAGCAAUAUUGAACAUCCAAAAAAAUUCUAUGAAAGCGUCCUCAUGCCCAGACAUAUACAACAAUAACUCUACAUUAACAGUCACUAGCGAACCCGAUUCAGAAUGGUACACCGAAGUAAAAGAGCUGUUCAGUGGUAUCUUAGACUUCAGUAUGUUUUUGGAACUACAUUUCCUAUUCCUGUCACUAUCCACGAUAUUGCUGUUCACGUGGUUUAUUGUGCCGUAUUUCUAUCUCACCGAUUUUGUAAUGGCUCAGGGACUGAGCGAAACCGAUGCAUCUACUAUCAUCAGCACUAUUGGAGCUACGAACACUGUCGGAAUGAUAUUACUCGGCUGGGCUGGUGAUUAUCCAUGGAUGAACGUGACCAAGGUGUAUGCGAUCUGUCUAGUGGGCUGUGGCAUUUGCUGUGCCAUCAUGCCUUUGUUUAUCAGCAGCUUUUGGUCGCUGAUCGUCAUCGGAGCCGCGUUCGGUCUGUUUUUCGCAUCCAAUUUCUCGUUCACGCCCGCCAUUUUGGUAGAACUCAUACCGCUGGACCGGUUCACCACUGCCUAUGGUCUGAUGUUACUGUGCCAAGGUAUUGGCAAUCUAUUGGGACCGCCGUUGGCAGGUUGGGUAUCUGAUUUGACUGGCUUUUGGGACUUAUCUUUUUACUUAGCCGGUUUUUGGAUCGUUUUGUCUGGUGUCUUCAUCGGGCUCAUUCCAUUCACGAAAAAUCGACUAUUGUGGGGCGCUGGCCAAUUGGAAAUCGAACGGGACAGUGUUAGGUCAUAA